UACGGUUUCAUAGUCAUGUCACAGCUUUUCGUACUGCUGGUGAAGAUCAUUCUGAUCGCAAUGAUGAUCAGUAUCGUGUCUUUGGAAGAUGCGAAUCCGAAAUUCGAGCAGGACGAAAAAUCCGUAAUGAUUCAUACAAAAAACGUUACUUUAUCUCGAAACCCGAAAAUCUUAUUUAAGGAUUCACCGUCCCUAUUCUUCUUGCACCUGCUCAAGUGCAAACAUCCACAUUAUCAGAAGCUGGACAGAGUCAACCCUACCACUCCGAGGCCUACCACACCGCCUCCUAGAACUUGCAUCUGCGUACCGUUUUAUCUGUGUGACGCUAAUCAGACUAUCAUCACCGAUGGUUCAGGAAUUAUCGAUGUUCGACAGAGCACUCGACAAUGUAUCGGAAACUUGGAAGUCUGCUGCUAUCCGCGAAAUGCCACGAGACCUCCAACACUUCCUCCAACACUUCCUCCGACUGUAGCUCCAACCAGACCACCGACAGUACUUCCUACAGUACCUCCAACAUUACCACCAAUAGUUUUGCCAACUGUAUCACCAAGUCCCCCCGUGACUGGAUUUCCAAAUCUGAACUGCAUUUGCGUGAAUAGAUCGCUUUGCGAUCCCAAUGGAAUAGUAACUUUGUCUGGAGAGGGUGUCAUAGACCCACGUCAAAACGUAUUGUGCUCCGGCGUCAAUCAAGUCUGCUGCAGGAUACUAAUAGCCCCAACGCAACUACCGACGAGACCUCCAACAAUAAUGCCUACAAUGACACUGCCGCCUUCAGUCAUCAGAUCACCUGGACAACUGCCACUCACCGAUUUGCUAGGUCCUUUGAAGAAUCCGAAUACUCCUCAGGCCUGUUACUGUGUGAAAACCUGGAUAUGUUCCGAAGGAAACGUAGUCAGUCCGGACGGAUUGGGCGUGAUCGAUCCCAGAUUCACGGCGUGCCCAUCAGCGGAUGAAGUGUGCUGUCGACCCUUAGGAAUCGAUCUCCAAGCGCUCCGCAAUGCAGCUUCCGUGUCUCGCGAUGCUACAAACGACAUUGAACGAUUUGACAUUGAACGCCUCUCUGCUUAUCACGUCACUUGUGGUAUACGAAAUGACACUUAUGUAUCGGCACAACCUUUUCCUGCUGACUCUGAUAAGACUUAUUUCGCCGAAUUCCCAUGGAUGGUCGCACUUCUCAUAAAAUCUGCAGAUAGUACAUCUUAUACUUUUCACUGUGGCGCUUCGAUGAUCAGCAACAGCGCCGUUCUCACUGCUGCACAUUGCGUUGUAAAUCGGAAACCCGAAGAUUUGGUGGCACGUUUUGGUCAAUGGAACAUUGAGAGUAACGUUCAACCGCUGCCCAGUCAAGAAGCGAACAUCUUGGACAUUAUUAGCCAUCCAUCGUACUACAGUGGAGGACUAUUCCACGACGUCGCUGUUCUCAUUCUGGAGAAACCAGUUGUCUACAAUGUAAACGUCCUGCCAGUUUGCCUUCCCGAGCAAGGUAUGGUCUUCGCGGCCGGGACCAGGUGCUACGGAACAGGAUGGGGCAGCGGUUCGAUCGGAUCAGAAUAUCAAUCCGAGCUACGAAAGGUGAAUCUUCCUAUCGUUGAUCGAGCGGAUUGUCAAACCCGUUUACAAAACACGAAAUUGGGCCAAUACUUCCAAUUGCACGGGUCGUUUAUCUGCGCGGGAGGUGAAACAAACAGAGACAUGUGCCGUGGAGAUGGCGGUGGACCUUUAGUUUGUCAAACUUCCACAGGACAAUUCUUUCAGGCGGGCAUCGUUUCAUGGGGUAUCGGUUGCGGAACUUCUAACGUUCCUGCAGUGUACACUAGCGUGUCGCAACACCGUCAAUGGAUAGAUCAGCAACUCGCAACUUAUGAACACUUACGUAAAGUCUCAAAGAUUUUACGUCACAGGAAUUUUGUUUUCCAAGAACAUGCGGGAUUUUCUGCUGAAAUUCCAGGAAAAUCCAAGUGGCAGGGUCAACAUGCCAGGGAAAUGGUUCCUCGAGUCCACUCUUGGAAUGGCAACGAGCAAUGGCAAUAUCAAGAAGGAAAGUGGGGAGAAUCCAUGAUAAAUGCUCGGAGUAGGGAUUCUCUCUGGAUGUACGGAAGAAACCACAGAGGUCCACCACUCAGAGCUGUGCUAAUCGCGUGCGUUGCUGCUCCAGGUGGCAGGUGCUCGUCUGUCGCUCCUUGCAUCCCUUUCUGGUGCUUAGAUAGAGUCCUUGGGAUCCCGGUGCGAACCAUGCGGCAACUGGUUUCCGCGUUGACCUUGGUCAGCUUGGCCAUGGUAGCGGCAUUGCCCGCGGCGCAAGAAGACAAAGGCCUCACCGGUCUCAUCGAAGCAGCGUUUCCCGAAACCAAAGGAACGAGCCCUCAACCGUUGCCAGAGAUAAACGGCGAUAUCGACAGCCUCAUCCAGGAUGUGUUCAACACUGGAAAUGUCACCAGCACAACCUCCAGGAAUCUCAUCCUCGGCACGCAGAAUCAAACGCCCUCGAAGCCGGACGACUGCGAAUGCGUGCCCUACUAUCAAUGCAAGGACGGUACGAUUCUGGACAACGGCGUCGGCAUCAUCGAUAUCAGGUCCGGUUUUGGUGAUAAGGAUGGGGAGCCCAAGGGAGGUCUCGGGCCUUGCGAGAACUAUUUGGAUGUUUGCUGUAAGCCACCAGAUCGACAGGCACCAGCGACGCCACCCCCGAUCGGUAGAAUUGGAUGCGGACAACGACAUGCUGCUGGAGUCGGUUUCAGAAUUACUGGCCAGACGGAUAAUGAAACCCAGUUCGGCGAGUUCCCGUGGAUGGUGGCGAUCUUGAAGGAAGAGGCCAUCGGCGCGGACGGCCAAAAGUUAAAUGUUUAUCAAUGUGGCGGAGCUCUUAUCCACAGACAAGCCGUUCUCACAGCAGCUCACUGCGUAAAUGGGAAACAGCCACACGAGCUGAAAAUCCGCGCAGGAGAAUGGGACACAAAGACGAAGAACGAGAUUUACCCGCAUCAGGAUCGCGAUGUCGACAGAGUGGUCGUUCAUGAGAAUUUCCAUUCGGGUGCACUCUACAACGAUUACGCAAUCUUGUUUCUCAAAAACCCGGUCGAGUACGCGGAGAACGUGGAUAUCGUGUGCUUACCAGAAGCGAACGCAAUUUUCGACGGAUCCCGGUGCUUUGCUAGCGGAUGGGGAAAAGACGUGUUCGGCAAAGAGGGUCGUUACCAGGUGAUCUUAAAGAAAGUGGAACUUCCUGUGGUACCCCAUAACAUUUGCCAAAAUGUUUUGCGUACCACCAGAUUAGGAAGAUACUUUGUUCUGGACCAGAGCUUCAUUUGCGCGGGUGGUGAAGCAGGAAGAGAUACCUGCAAGGGUGACGGCGGAAGUCCCUUGGUGUGUCCUUUGAGGAAUGAUCCACAACGGUAUGUUCAAGCUGGAAUUGUGGCCUGGGGACUGGGUUGCGGCGAAUCUGGAACUCCCGGCGUUUACGCCAACAUUGCUCAUAGUCGACGAUGGAUCGACGAGCAAAUGGCAUUUUACAAUUUAGACAAUACCGUCUAUCAAUAUCCCAACUAGCCAUCGCUUUCAUCUGACGUGCCAGUAAAUUAUGCAAAGUUUAUCUUAUCAGAUCAUUUAUGACGCAUUAUGUCAAUGUUUUUAUAUUGAGCGUUUUGCAUUGAAUAGCUGAGAGAGCAAAUAUGAUGUUAGCACAAGUUGCACAUUGACACUUAAUACUCAGACGAUUUAGUAUAGAAUAGGAUUUCACGAAUCUCCUUAAUGUUUAACAUCCUGUAUUAAAUUGCGUUUGUGCACUGAAUUAUAAUGCGUUCGAGAACGAUUGUAUUAUAGAUUUAUGGAAUGAAGAACGAAUAAUGCUCGUAAAUAUGAAUUUAUGACAUUUUAUAUGUAACGCAUAAGUAAAUAAUAAAACAUUUUUAUUAAAAAUA